UAUUUAGUAGGCAUUGCGAAUUUGCACGGCCUAGUGGGGUGUUGGUGUUGGUUACCGAGACAAGCAGCAGGACCAGUAAAAAUUUUAGUUUUUUUAAAACCCAUGAAAUAAUUUAAUUAACAAAAAAAGUGUGUGUAUGCUAAAUUUCAUUCGAAACAUGGAUUGGAGUUUUGUGGAAAAGCCUAAAUCUGGCACCGAAACCGCCUUAGAGGCCUGUGAUUAUUUUCUAGAUGAGGUCAUAGAAGUCACCCGAAAUUUAGAUGCCCGGGAACAGGUUCGUCUCAUUAAACAUCGUGAACUGCGACAAGCUGUGACCACAGGAGAUGAACGUACAGUGCGUGUCCUUUUGGAGGCUUUGGGCAGCGAGCGGCAAAUUAUUGUCAAUAUGGCUCCGGCCGGGGCAAAUACUUUGCUUUUCCUAUCUGCCCAGGCUGGUUAUGAAAGUAUUACAAAUCGUUUAUUAGAUGCCGGCUCCGAUGGUCGUUCCCAUACGGUAACCAAAUAUUCGCCUUUGUAUGCUGCCGUACAUCAUGGCCACUAUAACAUAGCCAAGAAAAUGUUGGAAAAGUUUCCCGAUUUGGUGCAGCAACCCACUGUGGAGAAAUGGCUUCCGAUUCAUGCGGCCUGCAUAAAUGGCCAUGUAAAUCUACUCGAACUACUUAUCAAUUACAACUAUCCGGAAUAUCUCUAUUCAACAUAUCGUGAUGACGAAGGCAUUUGGGAGUGGCGUCUACCAUUUGAUCCAAAUGCCCAAGAUGUCACAGGACAAACUAGUCUCUACAUAGCCAGUAUAUUAGGCAAUAAGUCUCUAGUCAAUAUUUUGCUUAAAUGGAAAGUGCGUGCCCGCAAAACCAGCGCUCAAAGUCCCCAAAGUACACCCAUUACACCGACACGCAAACGCAUCUCAUUUGGCAUACAAGCCAUAAUGUCCAAAUUGAAUAUAUCCGGUGAAGGUGAUCAACUGGUCAAAGAAGAGUCUCUAGAAUGUGAAAGAUGUCCCAUAAAUAUCAAUUUGUUGUGUGGUGCAGCCAGAGAGACUUCAUUGUUGGCAGCGGUGCGUGGUACCUUUCUGGAUGUGGUUACGGUGCUGUUGCAAAAUGGUGCUAAUCCAAAUAUUAUAGCUAAACCAGUGGAGGAUCAUAACGAUCCGAAGUGUAGUGAAGAAAUUUAUGGUCUGAGUAAUGUUCCUAUAGCCGAGGCUUGCAAGCAAAGAUCGCUGCCCAUGGUGGAGUUGUUGCUAAAAUACGGUGCUCGUGAUGAUAAUGGUUCUGCCCUAAGUGUUGCAGUGGCCUCUGAAGAUGAGGCCAUAUUAAAUCGUUUACUUGCCAAGCGCGUCCAUCCGGAUUCUGAUUAUAAGAUCAACAAAAAAGGCCUGCCAACUCCAGUGGAAGUUAAAGUAUUCUUGCCUUCAGCCACAAACAUUUCCUACAGUACAAUGUUUCCCAAUACCCCCGUCAUUAUCGAUUGGCAUAAUAACACAAAUGUUCAGUUACCCUUUGUAAGAGUAAACUGGAUGGUUAAUGGUGUGCUGCAGUUGAAUCCCAAACUACAGGGUCAUCCCAAGAUAACCGAAGUCGCUUUGACAGCAAUAACUCGCAUUGACUUCUCCCACAAUCAUCUCACAUCGCUGCCCAUUGAGAUAUUCAAUUUGGUAUCACUGAAAUAUCUAAAUGUGGCCCAGAAUAAAAUCACUCAAUUGCCGCCUCCCCCAGCUAUCACGCCCACUGGCAUUCGAGCAGCAUAUUCUUCGCCCGUUCUUGAGGAAAUCUACAUACAAGACAAUCAGCUGAUAACCAUACCAGCUGAAGUUUUCCAUUUACCCUCACUGGCCAUAUUGGAUAUAUCGAAUAAUAAAUUACAACAAAUGCCCUUUGACAUGUGGAAAGCGCCCAAGCUGAGAGAAUUGAAUAUUGCCUUUAAUUUGUUGAAAGAUUUACCUGUGCCGCCCAUGCAAACCUCAUCCUCUCAAUUGAGUUUGGACAAGUUGGAUUUGGAGCCUUUUUCCAAGUUUGACUCUUUUGGCUCGGAGAGUCGUAGUAAAAUGAGAACACUGACACUGCAGCCUCUGGUGCAUCGCAACAUAUGGUCGAAUAGUCUGGAGAUAACCGAUAACGAUAUGAAAUGGAAUGAAUCGAAAAAGGAAGAGGGUGUGUCACAGCUCAAUAGUUUGAAUAUAGCAAAUAAUCUCUUCACCAGCAUUCCAGCGGCCUUGCCAUGUUUGGCUGUCAAUCUGACAAGACUUAAUAUGUCCUACAAUAGUUUAAGAUCCAUGGGUCAUGUGACCAGUUAUCCAGCAACUCUAAAGCAAUUAGAUUUAAGUCAUAAUGAGAUCUCGUGCUGGCCCAGUUUGCCACGCAUCACCGAAUCGGAUCCCCAUUUGUUGUGCUACAGUUUUGUGGCCCAAAAUCAGGGAGGCGAAGGUGAUGACAUACCUUCGUUUGCCAAACACAGCAGCAGUAAUAGCAGUGGCAAGGCCUCUUCAUUCCGAUCGACGGUUUUGAAAAGUGUUUGUCGCCAUAGAAGGCAUUUGAGACUAGAAUCGCUGAGGACUUUGAUAUUGGCCGAUAAUCUCUUGAGCCGCAUUCAAUUGUCCACGGAUGAUGUGGCCACACUUUUCAAUGAAUCCGAUGACUCUGAUUGGAGUGUGGUGGGCUUAACAAAAUCAAAGCUGAUAUUUCCCAAUCUUUCAAUGUUGGACAUAAGCAAUAAUUGCCUGAAAGAAAUACCCACAUCGCUGCAUGAAUUGACCAGCCUAAGUGUUUUGAAUAUAAGCGGCAAUGUUAAUGUAAUGGAUUUACCACCUCAUUUGGGUUUGCUUACCCGCCUUUGGAAUUUGAAUACCAGGGGCUGUUUGCUGCAGGAUCCCCUCAAAUCUAUGAUAGAGAGUAAAAAAUAUAAGACCAUGGAUAUUAUUGGCUAUUUGAAAUCGAUCUAUGAAGAUGCUCAACCCUAUGCCCGCAUGAAGUUAAUGGUGGUGGGAGUGCAAGGAAUUGGAAAAACUACUUUAUUGGACCUGUUGAGGCAGGGAGUGGGAUCACAAAAGUCUCGAGCAUCGGAAAAUCAUUGGGCCAAACGUAUGGGCCACACCCGCAAUUUAUCCAAGUCGCAAAGGGGUGGCAAUAUAUCAACUGUUGGCGUCGAUAUAGGCACUUGGAUUUCGGAGAAACGAAAGAAGGCACCAGGAUCUCAUGGACCUGUGGUUUUUCGCACUUGGGAUUUUGGCGGCCAGAAAGAAUAUUAUGCCACCCAUCAAUAUUUCCUUUCGAAACGUAGCCUCUAUUUGGUAUUGUGGAAAAUUACCGAUGGCCACAAGGGCUUGGCUGAAAUUCUACAAUGGCUGGGUAACAUACAGGCUCGGGCUCCCAAUUCGCCCGUUAUAAUUGUGGGCACUCACUUUGAUGCGGUGGGUGAAACAUUUUCUGCCGAAAAAGCCGAAGAAUUACAGCAAAUCAUACGAGAGAAAUUCAUUGCCAUACCGGAUGCGGAGAAAAUCGGUCUACCUCGUGUUAUAGACUCCAUAGAGAUAAGUUGCCGGACCAUGCAUAAUAUACGCCUUUUGGCAAAUAUUAUUUACGACACGGCUUUUAUGUUGAAAUCCCCGGGAUCGAAGGAACCCCUGCUUUUGCAAAAAAUUCCCGCCAGCUAUAUAGCCUUAGAGGACAUAGUCAAUGUUAUAUCGUGUAAUCUUAGGGCAGCAGGUCUAGAUCCAGUUUUGGAUGCUGAAAGCUAUCGCAAACUUGUGACUGAAGAAAUGCGCCUGCAUAACUAUAAGAGUUUUCGCGAUUCAGCUGAAUUAAAUCAGGCCACCAUGUUUCUGCAUGACAAUGGAGUGAUUUUACAUUAUGAUGAUGCCACUUUAAGGGAUUACUAUUUCUUGGACCCUCAGUGGCUGUGCGAUAUGUUGGCGCAUGUGGUGACCGUAAGGGAAAUAAAUCCUUUUGCCCGAACGGGCAUUAUGAAAUUGGAUGAUUUAAAUUUGCUGUUUCGUAAUACCAGUUCGAAUUCGAGUUCGAAUCGUUCGUAUAUAGUGAGUUUGUUGAAUAAAUUUGAGGUGGCUUUGACUUGGGAUUCAAGGACGUUGUUGAUACCCUCACUGCUGCCACAGAAUGAAGAUGUCACCCCCAAUGCCGGCACCAUAGUUAAGAUUUCUCAACGUACUCGUGGCCGAAAUUUAAAUUUAGGCUGCUCGGUCUCAAAUGAAAUUAAUUUGAAUAAUUUGAUAUAUGAGCCCAUAGAGCAGAACUUGAACUCCACAAAUGAUUCGAAUGUGUUGGAAAUGGGUCUUAGACGUAUAUUGCUAAUGACCUAUUUUCCUUCAGGAUUCUGGUCCAGAUUGAUAACACGCCUGUUGGCCGAUGAACAUAUUACCGAGGCCAUAAAGUCUGUGUAUAUAACAGCAAAUGAUCAAUCUCUGGAAUUCGAUUUACGCACCUCUUUGGAACAUGACACUCAAUGGAAUUUAUGGCAAACAGGUGUUUCUCUAUACUACGGUCCCAUUUUGGUUUUCAAAAUAUGGGAAUUGCCCUUCCACUUGGCCCACAACACUCAACCCUUUCGCAAUAACAGCAAUCGUUUUAAACUUAAGCUUGAUGGUGUUUGGAGUGAUAUAAAUUUAUGUAAUUCCAGCAUAUUGGAAAUUUCCUUUCCUCUUAUACACCUUAAUAUUUUCCAAGAGAUUGAAGAUGGUGCUCGUCAACAUUUGGCCCAAAUUGAACCUAAUAUGCCAAUUAUAGCAAAACUUUUGGCUUUAGCUGUAGAUCAUAUUGAUUUACUGCUUGAAGACUGGUAUCCCUCGUUGGGUACACGUUUUGUGCACACCUCAGAGGGUAGAUUUUUGAUAACACGUUUGGUUAUGUGUCCCAGAUGUUUGAAGAAAUUGGCCUUGAACAGCAAGAAAACAGACUCUUCGGAUAAUGGUGGUGGUGCUGGUGGUUCAGGUGCUGAUGCCUCAGAUGGUUCGGUGGCUAUGGGUGGUGGCGCUGUGGGUUAUACGCAUAAAGUGCGUAGCAAAAGGCCCAUGUAUUUCCAGGCAGGAGAUGCAGGUGACGAUGGUCAACUCAAUGUGUUUUCGGCCUAUUUGAAUGCCACAGCAAGACGUGAACGCAGAUCGGAGGAUUCCCUUUGCUCCGAUGCAGAUUCCGGUGUUGGUCCUGAUUCCGCUGGUUCAUCACGAAAUACCUCAGUCGAUGGUCAUCCUUUGUACAACAUCCCCGACAUCUCAAAUGUCUGCUACACUUGGAUGAUUGAGGAAUGCAUCUUGUCGGUAUACAAUCAGACAAAAAUCUCUUGUCCGGUACAUUUGGAAAUGUCCAUGAUGAAAUUGGCCCCAGAUGUUGUAUUUGCUGACAUACCUGAUAAGUACACCAUUAAUUCGGAAAGCAUUAUAAAGGGGUCCCUGUUGGGACGAGGAGCAUUUGGUUUUGUUUUCAAGGCCACAUGUAAAAUUAAAGGAUCUCGUAACUUUAGAGCGGUAGCCAUGAAAAUGUUGCAACCAGUGCCUCCAGGGCCAAGGGCCAAAGAAAGUGCCUUGAUGGCCUACAAAGUGGCUUUGGGAAAAUGGGAUAGAGAUCCCCUACAACAUGCUUGCAAAGCCUAUUGUACUGCUCGCCAAGAAUUGGCCGUUUUGCUAACACUAAAGCAUCCUAAUAUAGUGCCUUUGGUGGGCAUUUGUAUAAAGCCUUUAGCUUUGGUUUUAGAAUUAGCCCCCAUGGGUGGUUUGGACUCCAUUUUGAGGCAACAUCGUCGUAGUGGUGCCCACAUAGGUCCACAUACAUUUCAAAUAUUGGUCUUACAAGCUGCACGAGCAAUUGAAUAUCUACAUCGUCGAAGGAUUAUCUAUAGGGAUUUGAAAUCGGAAAAUGUUUUGGUAUGGGAUUUCCCACAACCACAUGCAGAGGACAGUCCUCGUAAUUCCAUACACAUAAAAAUUGCAGAUUAUGGUAUAAGUCGUCAGACAGCUCCAAGUGGCUCGAAAGGAUUUGGUGGCACAGAGGGAUUUAUGGCACCUGAGAUAAUUCGCUAUAAUGGAGAAGAAGAAUAUACCGAAAAGGUUGAUUGCUUCUCCUUUGGCAUGUUUAUCUAUGAGAACAUAAGUUUGCGGCAACCCUUUGAGGGUCAUGAAUCCAUUAAGGAAUGCAUAUUGGAGGGCAGUAGACCAGCAUUGACGCAACGCGAAACACAAUUCCCAACUUAUUGUUUGGAUCUGAUGGUUUUGUGUUGGGAUGAAUUGCCCAAGAAAAGGCCGACAGCAAGUCAAAUUGUAUCCAUACUCACGGCUCCUGAAUGUAUACAUCUACUGGAUGUUAUAGCUUUACCACAUAGUGACAAAGUGGUGUGUGGAGGUUUUAGCUUUAAUAACUCCAACAAUUCCAGUGAAGCAGAAGAGUCUUCCGGCUUGGAAUUAUGGCUACCAGCUUACAAUUCUCACAUUGAUAUUCUAGACACAACACCGCAAGGUCAAUUUUUGCAAUCCAGUACAAUUAAAUGCACAAACAAAUUUCUCUCUUCGGAUCCCAAAUCUCCUAGGGUCGAAGAAGUUUCUCUCAAAUCGCAAUCAUCUUCACCCUUGAAUACACCCUCAUCAUUGCAGGCAUCAUCGUCGGGCUCUUCGUCACGUACCUCGUCGGCUACACGUUUGCCACGCAUAAACAUGCUUUGCUGUUGUAUCAUUGAACAGAGCAUAUGGAUUGGAGAUGCCUCAGGAACCUUACAUUCCUAUAGUUUAACAGAUUACACACAUAUAUUUUCUUACAUGCUAGACCCGGCCAUCAAGUCACCCCUAAUAAGUCUGGUCUAUUUAAAAGAUAUUGAACGUGUUGCCGUUGGCCUGCACAAUGGUCGAGUAUUUUUGGUGGACAGUUCAAAAGUUCCUUCGAAUUGCGCUUUUGCGGAGGGUUCAUUUGUUUUGACUGAAAUUUGUUCGGGAUUAAUAUUGCAUUGUGCCUGUGCCAUCAUGGUGGAAGGCGUUUACGAACUGUGGUGCGGUGAAAUGGCUGGCAAGCUGAAUGUUUUCCCCUUAAGUAAAACCGGUGUAUGCGGUCAUCAGGCUCUCUGUCACAGUGACGAACCAAAUGCCAUUGAGGAUUUGCGUGUGGCAAGAAUGUGCAGUAAUGCGAGUUAUGUCUUUACUUGCCUCUAUCCCGGUUUUAUGGUCUAUCAAUGGCAUGCUGAGCAUAAAUCCAUAGAAAAUAAAUUGGAUUGCUCCAAAUUAUUGCCAUGCUCUGAGUCACUCAAGAGCAUAGCAAUCGAUGAACACCUAAGCCUUAUAAAAUGUCAAAUAUCGGCUUUAUGUGCUCAUGGUCAGGAGUUGUACAUAGGCACCACAUGGGGCUGUUUAAUUAUAGCUGAAGUGAAUACGCUGAGACCCAUUGCUGUAUUUCGUCCAUAUGAAAAUGAAAUCAAAACAAUUAUAGCCGUACCAAAUCAAAAUGUACCCCUUAUUGCCACUAUUGGCAGACGUUAUCGUUCCUUGAUAUCACGUUACAUGGAUUCCCUAGAGAGCACAUCGCUGAAAAAUGUUGUCACUCCCACACAUUUUGAUCAUUUUAAAAAUCAAUACAAAAACCUCAAUCAACAGCAGGAUGUUGACAAUCACAUACAUGUGCUGUUAUGGAAAGCUAAAGAUUGGACGUAAUGCGAUUUUUCUGGUUCUUAACGUUAAUCGAAUAACUUUUGGUUUGUUUUUAAGAGUAUUUAUUUCGACUUAAGUAUUGUGAAUGAAAAUUUUGACAAAAUUUAGAUUACGUUUUAUUAGAGUCCCAUAUUGGCAUGAACGUCCAAUAAGCCUUUUUGUGGUGGUCUUGGACUUGUGGCGGCUCCCAAAAAUGUUGACAAAAUUUUCUCUAGAAAUAAAAUUUUGUGAAAAGUA